AUGAUUUUUGAUCCUACUAUGAGCAAGAAGAAGAAGAAAAAGAAGAAGCCCUUUAUGCUGGAUGAGGAAGGAGGAGAUACACAAGCAGAAGAGACUCAGCAAUCAGAAACGAAAGAAGUUGAACCAGAGCCAACAGAAGACAAAGAUGUUGAAGCAGAUGAAGAUGACAGCAGGAAGAAAGAUGCAACAGAUGACCUGGAUGAUUUGAACUUCUUCAACCAGAAGAAAAAGAAGAAAAAAACAAAAAAGAUAUUUGAUAUAGAUGAAGCAGAAGAAGGUGUUAAGGACUUGAAGAUUGAAGGAGAUGUGCCAGAGGCAGUAGAACCUGAAGAUGACCUUGAUAUCAUGCUGGGCAAUAAAAAGAAGAAAAAGAAGAAUGUGAAGUUCCCAGAUGAAGAUGAGAUAAUGGAGAAGGAUGAAGCUUUUGAGGAUGAAGAUAGCAAAAAAGAUGACGGAAUUUCUUUUAGCCUUCAGUCAGGACCUGCAUGGGCAGGCUCAGAAAGGGACUACACAUAUGAUGAGUUGCUCAACAGAGUAUUUAACAUCAUGCGGGAAAAAAACCCAGAUAUGGUGGCUGGGGAGAAACGGAAAUUCGUCAUGAAGCCUCCGCAGGUUGUGAGAGUAGGGACCAAGAAAACAUCUUUUGUCAACUUCACAGAUAUCUGCAAAUUACUACAUCGUCAGCCAAAACAUCUCCUGGCGUUUUUGUUGGCAGAGUUGGGUACAAGUGGCUCAAUAGACGGUAACAACCAACUUGUAAUCAAAGGAAGAUUCCAGCAAAAACAGAUAGAAAACGUCUUGAGAAGAUAUAUCAAGGAGUACGUCACCUGCCACACGUGCCGGUCGCCGGACACCAUCCUGCAGAAGGACACCAGGUUAUAUUUCCUGCAGUGUGAGACCUGCCACUCUCGCUGCUCCGUCGCCAGCAUCAAAACUGGGUUCCAGGCUGUCACAGGCAAGAGAGCACAGCUCCGUGCCAAAGCUAACUAGUUUGCUAAUCAGCACUGGAUUUCUGCAGAGUGUUCUGGGGAGAUGUGACUGGACAGGUUUACAAUCGGAAUGGAUUUACCGUUGUAUUAAAGUAAGGCUGUAAAAACUACAAGAAAUUUGGCUUUUUGAUUGAUUUGGUCUGUGAAAUCCUUGCAAGAUGCAGGUCCUGAAGCUGUUCACGUACAUUUGUUCAUUGAAUAUAUUUUACCAACUGUAAGGAACGUGAUGGGAAAGGAGGUGCUUUUUAAUCCAUUCAGACUUCUGUAAAACACAAGAUAAAUUAAAGAUACUAUAACAGUGA